GAACAGUUGAACACCGACUGUUGAAUCAUUACUAUUUAACUAAUAUUGAUUUGUUAACUGAACGCCAAAAAGUUUUGUAUAGAGUCUGUUUGAUUACUGACUAAUGACAGAGAAAACAAAAUAUAACGAAGACACGGUGGCGGUGUGGAAACUACCGUUAGUAGACGGUGUUCAUGAAAUAGAAUUUGAACACGGAACAGCUACUGGUAAAAGAGUUAUUAGAUUGGAUGGAAAAAUAGUGAGACGAAAAGAAUGGAUGUUUCGAUUAGUUGGAGAUGAAGUUUUUGAUGUAGACAAUGUACAAUGCACUAUCAAAGUAGAACCAGAUGGGUUGUUUAUGUACACAUAUGAUUUGUUGGUUGACGGAAAGAGCUUAAAAGAUUUUUGCGAAUACAUCUCAAAAAAUCGAUCUACUUGGUUAAUUACUACGAACGACGGUGUUGAAAAUCGAAUUAUUCUUGAUAAAGCUUCAAUGGAUAUUAUUGUAAACGGAUCUCAAGUUACAGAUGCAAUGUCUGAAUUUAUUGAAAACGGUACAGAAACACAUUUUGCUGUUGGUGAAAUGUUAGCAACAAUACGAACUGAACAUAGUUGUGACAAAAAAAUUGGUGUCGUGCACAGUCUAUUCGUUAAUGGUGCAUUGAUUGUAGAAUUAUAA